UUUCGGAGGCAGGUAGGUGCAAAGAAACUCCCUUUUUGGUUUUGUUAGAGGCCAUGGGCAAUGGUUCGAACGGCCAGGAAGAUGGGUUAUGGCUGUUCGUUCUGUGCUUGGAAAGCUGGGUAGGAGUAGAUUUAUUCCCAACAAUGGAAGACUUAUCAUGGGUGGGACUUCUCCUACUGUUUGUUCCUCUCCUCAUCACCCUUUUGAUUAUUAUGGGGUCGUCCAUGAUCAAAACAAAGCGGAUCAAAAAAGCAAUCCUUUUCUUCUUGGAUCGCUUAUGAAAGAGCCAGUUUAUUGUCAUUUGGAUUUUGGAGGACUAGGACCUGCUCGUUUCGCCAUCGAAGAGUUGAGGAAGAAAAGGAAUAUCCAACUGCAGUCUGUGAGAGUGCUGAGGGUGUUAGCAUGGAAAGAUGUUGGCUUGCCACGACAUGAUUCUGACUAUGAUCUACUGCUGGAGGCAGUUGAUGCCGAUGUGAUGAGAUAUUUCGAAGUAACAGUGUCAGUUAAUUCCAGGGAUGGCUUGUGGUUGGAAGACUUUUGUCUUCUCGUUGAUAAUGAAAAACCUAUAAGAUUAUAUCAUCACCUAGACAACGUUUUUGAUGCAUAUGCUAAGGCUCGAGAGCAGUUAUCAUUUGGUAUGCGAAAAGGAAACCUCUCUCUGCUGCCUCCUUCAGCCCUCCCUCAUCUCUCAUACACAAACCCGGGACACAAAGAGGAAACCACCACUCCAAAACGCAGAGGUCGAACGAAUGCAUGUGAAGCGGCGAAACACUUCGGUCCAGCUCCCGGUGUACCUCAAAAGUACACCAAACCUUAUGUCCGGUCAAAGAGAAGGAAGUUUGAGAAGGCUAGAGGAAAGAGGAACAAUGAGGGCUUUAGAGGUUGAAUCAUUUAGAAUUGAAAAUGCUAUUUGUAGAACCUAAUUUUGCUGGUCUUUAGGUGUCUGGUAUCAUGUUUAUUUCUCUGUCUAGUAAAUGUGUUGAUGAAGGCAUUGCUGGUUCAACAAGAGAGAAGCCCACUACCAUCUAUCUCGAAAACUAUCCAUGUGUAUGGUUUUCUGCAACCUGAAUGGCCAAAAUAUUUAAAAUUGUGUUAUUUUUUAUUCUUUCGAGAUGCUUAGCUGCAGCUUGCGGAAGUUGAAAUUAGUGUGUUCAGAAAUGUGAAAGGUGGUGUAUGUGAGAGUUAUGCAACUCCUAAACCCAUAAAGGUGGCUCGUGUAAGUACAUAGGUGAAAGAUAGUAGCAGCAUUAGGAAGAUUUUGAUUGUUUAUUGAAAGUCCAAUGUCUGAUAAAUAAAAGAAAAUUUG